AUGAUCGCCUCCGUGGCCCCCUCCUCCUCGUCCGCCGGAUCGUCCGUCCUGCUUCGCCCGCUGCCGAGCCUCGCCCGCUGCCAAAUGUCGCCCGGAGCCGCCGGGCCCGACCUACACGCCGUCACGUCCAGCAGGAUCACCAAGAGAUCUUCCAACGCAUGCGCCCGCUGUCGCCGGCAAAAGAUCAAGUGCAGCGGCGCCCAUCCCUGCGCCGCGUGCAGCAGGCGCAAGCUGUCAUGUCACUUUGACGAUCAGGACCAGAAGAUUCUCGUCACUAGAGGAUAUCUUACGUCUCUGCAGGAGAGGAUCGCCAGCCUCGAGCAGAAUGGCGGGCGCGUACAUGCAGACGCCGAGGGUCCGGCCCCCUUUGCCCCCAGCCAAGAGGCUGACGCCGCAGUCGAACAUGACGUCCCGCGCCCAGAUCCCGCGGAUGGCCUGGGCCAGGAGAUGCAGGUGCCAUCUGUCGGCGACACGUCACAGCAGGGCUCGCUUGAGUCCGACGUGAGCUCCCUCGUGAAUCCCUUCUCGUCCGGGCCAUCGGCCUUCAUGACGUCCGAGAGUGGACGCAUCUUCUAUCUUGGCACGUCGUCCAACUGGUCCUUCACUCGCCGUCUCCUUAGCGUGACGUACGAGCACGUCCACAAACGGCCCAUCCCUCCCACGGCGCUCCUCUUCGACGGCGAGACCUACGACCUCGGCUGGCAGAGCGACCGCGCCGCGACAUCGGCCGCCGCGCUGCCCACCAUCGACUACGCCACGCACCUCGUCAACACGGUGCGCUUCCACUGCGGCCAAGUCUUCCACCUGUUCGACGAGGACGUCUUCAUGGGCCACCUCCGCGACCACUACGCCGACUCGAUGCAGAGAUGCCCGGCGCGCGACCUGUGGCUGGUCCACUUCCAGCUCAUCCUCGCUUUUGGAAAGGCCUUUGCCACGAAGCCCAGGCAUGGGAGCCGGCCGCCAGGGGUGGGCUUCUUCGUCAACGCCCUGCAUUCAUUGCCGAACAUGACGGUCCUGUGGAGAGACCCCGUCCAGGCCAUUGAGAUUCUGUGCUGCGUUGCGCUUUAUCUCCACUGCAUCGACUAUAGGAGCUCGGCAUACAACUAUGCAGUGCGCAUGGCCAUGAGCCAAGGCUUGCAUACCGAUGUGCCCACAGAGCAGCUCGGUGAAGCCAUAGUUCAGAGGUAUCGCAAGGUCUGGUGGACCGUCUACGUCCUGGACCGCGAGAUGACAUCCCUGAUGGGGCUUCCACAGUCCGUUCGCGACGAGGACGUCCACACCCAGCUGCCCACGUUUCAAGGCGACCCGUUUCGAACGGCGGCGUUUAUUAUGAGGACCAAGCUGUCCCAUUUUAUUGCGAGCAUCGACCGAGCCGUCUACCGGCCAGACGGGCGGUUGGACAACAACUUCUUGAUGCGCACCAAGGACGCGCUGGCGGGCCUGGCAGGGCUCACAGAUGAGCUGCACCAGCGCUUCCCCCUCCUGCUGGACAAUGACGAGAGCGGCAUCUCCAGGCUCUCGGCCCAUCUGCACCUUCUCUAUCAUCAGUGCAUCGUGCUGGCCACGCGGCCGCUCCUCUUUUGCUUCUUUCAGAUCCGCCUUGAGUCGGUCGGCGCGUGUCUUGACCUCCUAAACACGUCGUCGACCGUCCGAAGCGUGCUGCAGAUGUGCCUCGACUCGUCGCAGCACGUAGUCUCCAUCCUGGAGUGCCUACAACACCAGGGUCUACUGGAGACUUUCUUGUCCUUUGACCUAGAGGCUUUCUUCAUCUCCACCACAAACAUUCUAGUAGCACCGACAUUGUACCCAGACUCGGCAGCCAGCUGGGCCCAGUGGCGCCACAAGGCGCACUUGGUCUACGACGAGCUGUCUCGCAGCGGAAACCUCAUUGCUCAGGCUGAGCAGUCGGAGCUGGAGCGGCUGGGCGGAAUGCUCGACAACAUCGAUUCGGGCUCUGCGAGGGACACCAGUAACCCGCCGGUGAACUACACCGAGUCCUCAUCGCUCGCGCAUUCUGAGCCACCGCCCAGCGAGCUGCAUCCGCCUCUGGCUAUGCCUCCGACCCCCCUGCCAGGAGUGAGCGUCUUUGAUGAGAAUUUCUUUGGGACCGAGCUGUCGGCGGCGCAGAUCAUGGACAUGGUGAACUCGAUUGACAGCGGGCACACGCAGUGGAUGUCGCAAGCGAUGGUUGAACAUGGCAUUUGA